UACUGCCGGCAAUGUGAACCAGGCUCCUGCUCCGGUCGUACAGGGACCGCAUGGCCCUUAACAGAGGGCCCCCGACCCCGUACUCUCGGAGCACCUCCCACAGGUUAAAAAUCGGAGUCUCCUAUGUGAAUCGGGAGAGUUGGCAACCCUGCAGAUCUAAGUCUGAUUGGAUCCCACAGAAGAACAUUUAUGAGAUGGAGAACAAGUGAAUAGAAGCUGUUUCGCAAUGUUCUACAUGAACUUCUUUCUGUCUUUGAGUAGAAACAUGGAGUCUGUUUGUCUCAGUGAUGGACGGGUUUGUUUCAUACAGACCAGGAAGUGACGUCACAUCAUUGAGGACAGAUGCUGACACCAGGUGUCAUCAGGCUUUGGCAUCAGAACCCUGCUGUUCAGUGGUUCUGAGCUGGACCCUGGUGUUGGACUGUUGUGGCCAGUGUCCUCUCAGCUGCCUGCAGUGAUGCUGCUCCGUGCUUCUCUGAACCUCACCUGUGAGGUCGUGAUGAGGUGAAGCUGAACUGAUUCUCCUCAGCAGCUUCUGUCAGCUCGACAUGUGGAAUCUGAAGCAGAACCAUCUGAUUGUCUGCAUGGAUCUGUGAACAAGCUGCGAUGAGACCAAGAGUGAAAAGUGAUGAAAACUUGACUAACACAACUGGAAACUUUUGCCCUGGGGACAUUUUUUAACAGCCCCAUCUGAUCCUGAGUUUUCCAUGAUGACAUCACUGCAGCCCGCCGGUCAGAUGAUCUGCUCGGUGUUUCUCUGGGGUCUGACAGGAGGAGACACAUUAAUACAGUGUUCCUGACACAGGGGGGGUCAGAGCUGUCGGAGCUCUCCUCCUCCGUCUCUCCUCUCCGACGAUGGAACAGGAGUCAGAACUCUGUUUCCCACAACUCCUCAACGCCUCCUGCAGGAGGCCCGCUGCUCCUCAGCCCGAGGCUCUGCUCGCUUACAUCCUGCUCUUCAUCAUCUCUCUGCUCGCUGCCACGCUCAACCUGCUCGUCAUCAUCUCCAUCUCACACUUCAGGCAGCUCCGCUCCCCCACCAACCACCUGCUCCUGUCUCUGGCGGUGUCGGACCUCCUGGUGGUCCUCCUGGUGAUGCCGGUUGAAGUCCUCCUGACGGGGACCUGCUGGGUCCUGGGCGACCUCGUGUGUGCUCUGUAUUUCUUCCUCCCCGUCACCCUGAUCUCUGCCUCUGUAGGGAACAUGGUGCUGAUCUCAGUGGACCGGUACGUGGCGGUGUGUGACCCGCUGCAUUACCCCACCAGAAUCACUCACAGGCUGGUGUGUGUCGGUGUGUGUGUGUGCUGGAUCUGCUCUUUCUGCUACAGCGUCCUCCUCCUGUCGGACCACCUGCAGCAGCCGGGCAGGUAUAACUCCUGCUCCGGAGAGUGUGUGGUGAGCAUCGCGGGAGACGUGGACCUGGUGGUAGCCUUCAUUAUCCCCAUCAGUGUGAUCGUGGUUCUGUAUGUCCGGGUGUUCGUGGUGGCGGUGACCCAGGCCCGGGCCACCCGCUCCCAGCUGUCAGUGACGGUGAAGAUCAGGAGGUCUGAGCUGAAGGCAGCCAGGACUCUGGGGGUGGUGGUGGCCGUGUUCCUCAUCUGUUACUCUCCGUACUACUGUCUGUCUCUCACAGGCGGAAACAUCGUGAUCGGCUCCUCAGCGGAGGCCGCCAUGAGCUUCCUCAUGUACUUCAACUCGUGUCUGAACCCGCUGAUCUACGCCCUGCUGUACCCCUGGUUCAGAAGAGCCAUCAGACUCAUUGUGACUCUGCAGAUCCUGCAGCCCGACUCCUGUGAGACCAGCAUGCUGUAGACUCACACACACACACACACACACACACACACACACACACACGGUCAUCACUUUGUUCCAACAUGACGUGAUAAUGAAACACUUCCAGGUGAAUCUGUUUCAUGUUUCUGCCUUUAAAUAAAUAACAAAUAUGAUAACAGCUGAUAACACUACUGUGUGUGUGUGUGUGUGCAGGUGAUGAUGAUGAUGAUGAA